ACAAUCCACCCAGGAUAAACACCUCUGCGGGAGUGGAGCUCUGACAUAGUGAAAGAUGCAAUUUCUGACUACCCAUGACUGCACCGAGUCAUGGGGGGCAAGAACAGGAUUGAGCAUGGACAGCCAGUGGUGGGACAGGACUGGGGAGCUCCUGGUGAUCUGGGCACUUUCUCCUUCAUGUCACUGACCUGCCAGGAGCCGCUUUAGGACAUGGAUCCCAAAGGAGCAAGAGGUACCAGGAAGCACCGCUGAUCUGCACAGACCCCUCUGCCUGCUGCUGCCCCACAGGGAACAGGGAGCUGCUGAGGAGUGGUGUGGUCUAUUCCUGGAUUCUCCAAGCACUGACUGCCCAUCCACUCUGACCACAGCCAGGAGCCACAUCCCACUGCCUGCCCAGUGUCCAUCCAUGGAGGUGACCACCGUGUCCCCACCUCCUCUCUCACCCACUGAAGGAGACGAUCUGUGUGAUAUUGAUGUCACUGACGUGGCUGUAGACAGUGUGACACUGCUCAUCUGCCUGUGUGGGCUGGCCGGGAAUGGGGCUGUCCUCUGCCUUCUCCAAAGGAACCCCACCACCUGUUACAUCAUCAACCUGGCCUUCGCCAACUUCUCCUUCCUCCACUUCGCCGUCCCCUCCACCCUGCUCUACCUGCUGGAGGAUGUGUCCUGCUCCACAGUCGUGCCCCUGGUGUUCCUGAGGGCGCUUUUCCCACUCCUGCUCUUCUCCUACAACCUGGGGCUGUACCUGCUGACAGCCAUCACCAUCGAGAGGUGCACAUCCAUCCUCUGUCCACUCUGGUACCGCUGCCGCCGUCCCCAGCGCCUCUCAUGGGUGGUGUGUGCCCUGCUCUGGGCCCUCUCCAUCGCUGUCAUUGUCACCAUGACUGCCCUGUGCCACUCACAGGACCACGAGCACUGCCAGGUGUCUCUCAUCACCAUGUAUGCCCUCAACCUCUUCCUCUUUGCCCCAGCCAUGGCCAUUUCCAGCUCAAUUCUCUUCAUUAAGGUCAAGUGUAUCUCCCAGCAGCAGCAACCCAAGAGACUCAACAUUGUUAUUUUCCUCGUUGUGCUCUUCUUCCUCCUCUUUGCUCUCCCACUCAGCCUCUCCAAUUUCCUGCAGCAGCUCGGUUACAUCGCUGUGCCCUCCCAGGUGGUUUUCCUGCUCACCUGCAUCCACAGCACCAUCAACCCCUUCAUCUACUUCUUGGUGGGGAGGUGCAGGAGGCCCUGCUCCGUGGGAUCCCUCCGGCUCUCCCUCCAGAGGAUCUUUGAGGAGCCAGAAGAAAAUACUGCCCACAGUGAUGAUCCUGCCAUGGACACAGCCUUUCCAGCCUGUUGAUCCCUUCCCUGCUCUGCUGAAGGACCUUGGCAGAGUGGCUGAGGAUUUCCUUGAGUCACUUGAUUAAUAAAUAUCCAUGGGAUCACCCUCCCCGUUGUGCUGUAAUCCUGCAGGAGAAGGGAGCAGGGGCAGUGACAAGGGCCAUGUGGGAGGGAUGCUCUGUGGGGAGCACAUUGGAGCAGGGCUUUGCUCCUCCCUCACGGGUCUUUUCCAAUACGGCUGUGAUCCCAAAAUUCCCCCUGGCACCUGGUUCCUGCAUUCCAAUGGGAUGUGACAUCAAUAAACAGCACCGUGAACCCUGAGCCGCCUUUGCCCCCUCUGCCAGCGCCUCCCGGCUUCCUCUGCCUCCUGCUGCCAGCCGGGAAUGUGGCUGGAGGGAGGGGACACACACAGGGCUU